GAGGAUGUGAAACUCAGGGCCGAGGCAGUUGAAUGUAUGAAAGUGUUGUUUCACACAGAUUCAGACAUAGGUGACUAUUUUCAUAUGCAGCCAUGGAACUGUCUCAUGCUUGAGUCAGCGAUAACCACAAGAAUACAGUAUGGGCUUACAGUAACCGAGCUAGACUUGUGUCUCUUG